AUGACCAACCCCUACGCCGUCAGAGACAAAUUCUACGAGGACCUGCACGCCUUCUUGGCGACUGUGUCGAAGGCGCACAAGUUGAUUGUCCUUGGUGACUUCAACGCCCGCGUCGGCACAGACCACACUGCCUGGAGAGGAGUGCUGGGUCCCCACGGUCUCCGCGGCUCAAACGACAAUGGUCUGCUGCUUCUCCGCACCUGCGCAGAACACCACAUCAUCCUGACAAACACGUUCUUCUGUCUGCCGGAGCGAGAGUAGGCCAUCUGGAGGCAUCCUCGGUCGCGCCAGUGGCAUCUGCUGGACUAUGUCCUCGUCCGGAGGCGAGAUCAGCAGGACGUGAUGGUGACGAAGGCGAUCUCGGGUGCUGACGGGUAGACCGACCAUCGCCUCGUCAUCUCGAAUAUGCGUAUUCGCCUACGGCCUCGCAGGAGACCACAAGGUAAGCGACCCCCAGGUAAGCUGAAUGUUGCCUUGUUGUCUUUGCCCGCUCACCAUCUUCAUUUCAGCAAUGAGCUAGCUCAACAGCUAGACAACCUUCCAAUCGCUGCCGCCGACGACACCGCCACCGCCGAGAACGCCUCCGUAGAGAACCGUUGGUGUCAACUGCGAGACAUGGUCCAGUCGACGGCGCUCGCCGUCCUCGGUUGCGCUCCCCGCCAACACCAGGACUGGUUCAACGACAACGACGCCGCCAUCAGAAAUCUGCUUGUUGAGAAGAACAGCCUACACAAAGCCUACGUAGAUCACCCCACUGAUGCCACCAAAGCUGCCUUCUACCGCAGUCGCCGACAGCUUCAGCAACGACUGCGCGAGAUGCAGGACGCCUGGACUGCUCGCAAAGCUGAGGAGAUCGAAGGCUACGCAGACCGUAGCGAAUGGAAGAAAUUCUUCUCUGCGAUCAAAGCUGUCUACGGUCCGCCGACGAAGGGCACGCUCCUCUCCUCAGCGCCGACGGCAACACUCUCCUGACUGAGAAGACGCAAAUCCUGCAGCGAUGGGCCGAGCAUUUCCGAGGCGUCCUCAACCACCCCUCCGUCAUCUCCGACGCCGCCAUCGAGCUCCUGCCGCAAGUGGAGACCAACGUGGAUCUCGACCUCCCGUCAUCUCUCCAGGAGACCAUCAGGGCCGUGCAGCAGCUCUCCAGCGGGAAAGCACCCGGAUCGGACGCAAUUCCUGCUGAGGUCUACAAGCACGGAGGUCCCCAACUCAUGGAUCACCUGACUGCGCUCUUCCAGGAGAUAUGGCGUCAAGGUGAAGUCCCGCAAGAUUUCAAGGACGCAACCAUCGUGCAUCUCUACAAGUGCGAAUGGAAUCGCCAAGUCUGCGACAAUCACCGCGACAUCUCCCUGCUGAAUAUCGCCGGGAAGAUCUUCGCACGAAUCCUCCUCAACCGCCUCAAUAACUAUCUGGAACAGGGUCUUCUGCCGGAAAGCCAAUGCGGCUUCCGUCGUCAUCGUGGGACCACGGAUAUGAUCUUCGCCGCCCGUCAACUUCAGGAGAAGUGUCAGGAGAUGCGGACCCACCUCUACUCUACCUUCGUGGACCUGACGAAAGCCUUCGACACGGUGAAUCGUGAAGGACUGUGGAAGAUCAUGCAGAAAUUCGGCUGUCCGGAGCGAAUCACUCAGAUGGUGCGUCAGCUGCACGACGGUAUGAUGGCGCGAGUCACGGACAACGGAGCUGUCUCAGAGGCAUUUGCAGUGACCAACAGAGUGAAGCAGGGCUGCGUUCUGGCACCAACCCUCUUCAGUCUUAUGUUCGCUGCCAUGCUUAUGGACGUCUACCGCGACGAACGCCCCGGGAUCCGCAUCGCCUACGGGACGGACGGUCACCUCCUGAAUCAGUGGCGGAUGCACUUACAAUCGCGCGUAUCCACCACCACCGUUCACGAACUCCUCUUCGCCGAUGACUGCGCCCUGAACACCACGUCAGAAGAGGAGAUGCAACGAAGCAUGGACCUGUUCUCCGCCGCCUGCGAGAACUUUACCCUGAUUAUCAACACGCAGAAGACGAUGGUGAUGCAUCAACCGCCACCCAACUCAGCCAUACUUCCAAUGCGCCGCAAAUUAGCGUGA